AUGAUGCGGCUCAUCCCCGACGCCGAGCAUGACGAUUUGCACCUCGGUGACCGCCCCCUGAUCGUGUGCGAUGUGGACGAGGUCGUGCUCGAAUUCGUCACCCCGUUCGAGGCAUUCCUCACCGGCGAGGGUUACGAGCUGCGGCCGACCUCGUUCCGCCUGCACGGCAAUGUGUUCAAUCGCACCGAUGGCAGCGAAACUCCGGGCGAGGCAGUCAGCCAGAUGCUGGAAGCCUUUUUCGAGAGCCAUGACGAAUGGCAGACGCCGGUUAUCGAAGCCGCCGACACUCUUGCACGCUUGUCGGAGCAGGCCGACAUCGUGUUUCUGACAGCGAUGCCGCCGCGCCACCGCGCGGUCCGCAGGCGGCUCUUGUCGCGGCACGGCUUCGAUUAUCCGAUGAUUGCAACGGAAGCGCCAAAGGGGCCGGCGGUUCUGGCCCUGCAUGGAGACCGCCCGCAACCGGUGGCGUUCAUCGACGACAUCUUCGUCAAUCUGCAAUCCGUGCGCAGCCAUGUGCCACAAUCGCUGCUGCGCGCGAAGCGACUGAGCGAAAGACUGCCGCACGGGCGUCGGCGCCGGGUGCAACGGUUCUCACGCAAGGACCUUGCGCAUCAGCGGCCGACCGGGCUUGCGCUCGGCAACGGCUUCGAAGCCUGCGUGUUCGAACACCCGCGCGGACCCGGCCAGCAGACCGACGGACUUGGAAUGCUUGGCUUGUUCCACCGGGCAGGCCUCGAGGAUGCGGGCGCCAUUUCGUUGCGCAUGGGUGACCGCGGCAUCAACCAGCGCGUGGCUCAGCCCCUGCCCGCGCCGUCUGGACUGGAUGAAAAAGCAGGAGAUAGCCCACAGGCCCGGAUCGGACGGAUCGUCGCCAUCGAGUGGGCGCGACACGGUCCGCGUGGUGUUCCAGCGCGGCACAUGUGCGCGUGGAGUCACCUGCACCCAGCCUACAGGGACCCCGUCAUCGAGCGCGAUCAGCCCCGGCGGCAGCUUCGCCUCUGCAGCCUGUUUCAGAUGCUGCUUCUUGUCAUCCCGGCUCAGUUCUUGCCGCUGCUUCGGCGCCAGCCUGAAAUAGCUGCACCAGCAGCCGUAACAAGCCCCCUGCGGCCCGAAAAGGGUUUCCAACAAUGGCCAGAGAUCGGCGGUGACGGGGCGAACAUCCAGGUUCAAGCGAUGCAGUCUCCAGUUGAUCAGGUGGCCUUCCCUCGUAUCAUCCGGCAUCCGGAAAUCGAUGAGCUGACGCUGGCGCAUGUGGAUUGCGAUGCGUUUUAUGCAACGGUGGAAAAGCGCGACAAUCCGGAGCUUGCCGACAAGCCGGUGAUCAUCGGCGGCGGCAAGCGCGGCGUGGUCUCCACCUGCUGCUAUAUCGCGCGCAUUCACGGGGUGCGCUCGGCAAUGCCGAUGUUCAAGGCGCUGGAUGCCUGUCCCGAUGCGAUCGUGAUCAAGCCCGACAUGGAGAAAUAUGUCCGUGUCGGACGCGAAGUCCGGCAGUUGAUGGAGGAACUGACCCCGUUGGUGCAGCCGAUCUCGAUCGACGAGGCGUUUCUGGACCUUGCCGGAACGGAGAAACUGCACAAGGACACCGCCGCGCGUACGCUGGCGCGGUUUGCCGCCCGGGUCGAGGCGGAGAUCGGAAUCAGCCUUUCGGUCGGGCUAUCCUAUUGCAAGUUCCUCGCCAAGGUGGCGUCUGAUCUGGACAAGCCGCGCGGGUUUUCGGUGAUCGGCAAGGCCGAGGCGAUCGACUUUCUCAAACCUCGCCCGGUCUCGCUGAUCUGGGGUGUCGGCAAGGCCUUUACCGAAACCCUGGCACGCGACGGCAUCCGCACCAUCGGGCAAUUACAGAUGAUGGAACAGACUGCGCUGAUGCGCAGCUACGGGGUCAUGGGCAAACGCCUCUACCAUCUGGCACGGGGCGAGGAUGACCGGACGGUUCACGCCAACGAGGGCGCCAAGAGCGUGUCUGCGGAAACCACUUUCAACAGCGACCUGUCACAGGCCAAGGACCUUGUGCCGGUGCUCAGACGCUUGUCGGAAAAAGUGUCGGCGCGACUCAAGGCCUCGAACAUUGCCGGGCAGACGGUGGUGCUCAAGCUCAAGACCGCCGAGUUCAAGAGCCGGACGCGCAACUUCAAGCUGGAGGAUCCGACGGUCCUCGCCGACCGGAUUUUUCGCACCGGGCUGCAUCUGCUGGAGCGCGAACUGGGCGAAGACCGGUUCCGCCUGAUCGGCAUCGGGGUGUCGGAUCUAACCGAUGCGGCGCGCGCCGAUCCGCCGGACCUGGUUGAUCCGGCUGCAGCACGGCGGGCGGUGGCGGAAAGCGCCAUCGACAAGGGAGACAGCUCAAUCAUGACCUCUGCCUCCAAGCGCGAACGGUUGUUGAUCCCGGCCGGAAUUCUGAUCGCCGGACUGCUGCUGGCGGCACUUGUCUAUGCAGGACUGACCGAGAUUGGCGGCAAAAAUUCCGCGGCGCUGAUGGCGGAUGCCUUUCUGCACAGCCGCUUGUGGGUAACAAGCUGUUUCGAUCUCGACUGCGCCCAUGUCGAUGGACGGACCUAUGUGGUCUUCCCGCCGUUUCCCGGAGUCGCGGCGCUGCCUCUCGUCACUCUUGGAGGCGCAACGACCUUCGGCUUCAUCCCUCUGGCAAUAUUGUGUUUAUUCCUGUCACUGCUGAUUUGGAUCCGUGUCUUUCGACAGUUGGGAGCAAGCAACCCGGCAUGGUUCUGGCUUGUGCUGGCAGCCGGUUUUUCAAGCCCGCUCUAUUUCGUGACAAUCCGCGCAGACGGCAUCUGGUUUUUCGCGCAAGCAAUCGGGUUCCUGAUGACAAGCCUCGCCCUUCACGAAGCGUUGGCGGGCCGUCUGCUGAGCGCAGGAAUGGCGAUUGCCUGUGCGUUUCUGAGCCGGCAGAUGACGAUCUUCUACGUGCCAUUGUUGCUGAUUCUGUCGAUGCGGACCGACACACCGCUGUGGACUGCAAUGAGAGACAAGGUCACGCGGGCUGUCCGGCUGGGGCUGCCGGUGCUGGCGGCGAUCGGCAUUUACAUGAUCUACAACCAGCUUCGCUUCGGUUCAGUGUUCGAGAGCGGCUACGCCUUUAUCGACUAUCCGCCCGGCGUCCUGAAACAACGGCUGGAAACGCAUGGAUUGUGGAGCCCAAGCUAUGUUCCAUUCAAUCUCUACCAUGCGCUGGUGCAGGGAUUUCAUGCCCGCUUCGAAGGGCCAGGGAACAUGGAACUGGUGGGAAUGGACCGUUUCGGCACUGCAUUUCUGGUGGCGAGCCCCUGGUUGGCCAUGCUGUUCUUCACGCCGAUCAACCGCCGCACGGUGUAUUCCGGGAUGCUGGUGGCGGGGCUGGUCACGGUGAUGCUGUUUUAUCAUUCCAACGGAUACACCCAGUACAAUGUCCAGCGCUACAUGCUCGACUGGCUACCGGCCGCCCUGAUCAUGAUGGCAUAUGCAAUCCAGCGUCAGACAUCGCCGCUGUUUCCGCUGGCGGUGCUGUGGGGCAUGGGGCUGAACGCCGUGACCAUUGCCACCAUGGCAAUGGUUCGUUAG